UGUCCUUGCUGGCUAAGUUGAGCUGAGAAAUAUUUAACUCUAGCAGCAAUGGAAGGUCUUGGAUGCGCUGUAUGUGAUGGUGUUGGGCAUCGAUUGGCGGUGACGCUGCGUUUUUCCUCGUCCUGCGAGGUGAAGGGUGGAGGAAGGGCGGUGGGAAACGGGUGGUGAGGGGAGCAGGGAGGCCGUGGCGUUGAGCUCUUUUGUUGUUUCUCCUGCAAGUCGGUACGCCCUCUCCUCGCUGCUAUCUAUCCCUCUCCUUCCUCUUCUGUCUCCUGCCGCGUUACUUUUUUUUUUUUUUCGUUGGCUUCUCUUUCUGUUGUCUUUUGGCCCGCCGGUUCUCGCUCACUUCCUUUCUCGCCUUUCUGUGUGCGCUUUGUUUUCUCUUUUGGUGCGUUAGCGCAACCGCUUCGCUCCCCCCUUGCGCUUCGUCUCUUUCUUCCUCGACUUUUUUUCCUGCCUCCCGCUUUCCUCUCUCAACCAUCUUCUCGGCCUUCUUUCUUUCCUCCUCCGUUCUCGCUUGCCUCCUAUGUUUCUGUGUUUUGCUUUCUCUCUCUCUCUCUCCAGCGAUGUGCGUUUCUGCACUCGCCUUUCCCGCGAUAGUGUCUGUCCUCCCCCCGCCCCUCUGUCUUCCCUCUUGAUUUUGUUUUUUUCCUCCUCCGCCUCCUUCCUCCUCGAUGUCUUUCUGCUUCCCCGUUCGCUUCGCGUCCUUUCUCGCCGGGCUGUCUUUUCGUUGUUGGCUUUUUCUACCCGCGGCCUUUCGCGAGGGGGCUCGCCUUUGGCGCGUACUGCGGCGGUGCGUCGUUGGUUUGCAGCAGCGGGAUCCGCUUUUCUGCCCCUUCCCCCCUCUCCUUUGUCUCUUUCGGAAGGGCGGGGAGGGGGGGACCAAAGAGAAGAGACGAGGGGGGAUGGGUGGCAGGGAGGGCACGGCCAGGUUGCUUGGGAAAGGGGGUUCCCAGCCAGGCUGGUGGGCAGGGCGGUAGAGACGAGGGUGGAAAAGUGCUGCUGCUGCCUGUUCGCGCUGGGGGAGAUUGCGGUGCGGCUCUGCUAGGCGACAGCGCUUUCAAGCUGGAGUCUGCCGACGAAGCGACUGACUCGCCGCUCGCGGAGCGGCGCGUUCUCAAGCGCAGUGACAAGGGCGGCUACAUGUACUACCACAUCGAGAACUCGGCACUCAGGUGUAUGGAGAGCUUGGAACCUAAGACGCCCAGCUGGACGGAGAACGACCUGCUGGUGCUGAUCACCGAGUACUGGAAGCGGAAGGACAUUCUGCGCGCCAAGGCCUCGGAGAGCGUGACCAACCUGCAGAAGCGCGAAUGCUGGAUCGAGAUCACCGACGUGGUGAACGCGCGCUGCUUCACGCCGCACACCAGGAAGACCAUGGACCAGCUGAAGCGCAAGUGGGAGAAGACGAUCAUGCUGGCCAAGAAGGCCGCGCUCAACAUCCAGAAGCGAUCCGGUAAUCUGUCAGACUUGGCACCGGCCUACCAGCUGGCCUUGUCCAUAGUCUGCGAGGAUUUUCCGGCGUCCCUGGAAUGCGCGAACGGCCUCGCCGCGGCAGAUGUGCCCUCUCUCGCUGAGCCACCGAACGCUGGCGGAUAUAUCGACGAAGUGUCCAGCAUGGUGAUCACGGAGCUAGAGGAAGAGUCAUCGGGCGACGGGCCGCCGGUUGCCAAGGGUGACAAGACGCAGCCGGUCAAGGCGGAGAUGCUGAGCGAGGCUGCCGAGUGCGCGCCGCACUCGCUGGGCAGCCGUGCGUUCCAGCCCGUCCUGUCCGGCAGCAGCACUCAGGACGGCGCCACUGACGGCAGCCACCAGCCACACGAAGCUCAAGACGCGACUGCCGAGUUCGUCAACAACUUCCGCAAACGCAAGUGGGAGCAAGACCUGGUGGAACUCCAGAAAGAAAAAGUGCGCCGCCAGAUACAGUACCACAAGGUCCAGCAUGAGCUCCAGAUGAGUGUGCUCCGGUCGCAAAUGGAGUUCUGGGAGAUGAAGAAGUCCAAGCUGGCUGCUGAGAUACGCCAAGGUGGCAUCCCCACGUUGCCGCCAACGGUGCCGACAGCGAAUGCAUCGACAACGUAGCCUCGGCUACUAGGGCCUGUGCGAUGUCGCAAGAGGACGCCCCAGCCAUCUUCCGGGGCAUUUUGGGCCUGUCAGGCUCCGAUACAUCAGUGCUCAUCGAAAGGCCUUUCACAGCCAUCCAUCACAAAAAUAACAUUCACCCGCACGAAGUGUCUGCGCAAACAUUUCUUGAUAUAUUAUGUACAUGUGAAAACAACUGUCUGUCUUGCACAGCGAUGCCAACCUUGUGUGCUUCAAGAAGCACACAAGCCUGUGGACCGUCACAUCACUGUGUUUCGUGUGUUGUUUAUGUCAAGCACUAAGACGACGCAAGAUAUCGACCAAGCUUUUGCCCCAGAUCGCAUGAGAAAAUGUGCAGUACCGAGAGCAGAAAUUCUACAAAUGAACAAAUAGCGCCUCUAGCGGCUGAAAGCUGAAAACAGGAGCUGAAACACCAUUUUUCGCGAAUGUGUUACCAGAGAGAGAAUUAACUGGACUGUAGUGAGAAAAUGGAUUUUGCACGCCUCUAGCUCGCACAUACGCAUACAGUAGCGCUGUUUUUACGACCGGAUUUGACAAACGCGUGCAAAGUUUAAACUAUUGAAGUAUACGGAAAUCCCAAAAUGCUCUGCAGAAGAUAAUUGCGAUGAAUGCAAUGCACGAAUUGUAAUCCAGAAGUAACCAGGUUAUGACUCGGCUUUCAUUUCCGUCAAACAGAAUGUCUUAAAAUUGAGUAAAAGAAAGUGACAUUUUUUAAAGCAUGCAUGUCACUAUGUGUAGACGAAGUGUAAAUAUGAUCCUUCACUCACCAAGAAACGCUUUCCCACACAUUGGUCGAGCAGUUUUGCGAUCGGAUACAAUGUUUUGUGAGGAGGUGAACCUGCCUUCGCUGGUUGAACUCCAGGUAUCUACAGUUAAACCUCGAUGUAACGAACUUCAGUGUAACGAAAUGAUCGAUAUAACGAAGUAUUUAAUUUUUUAUUAAACCUUGUCCAUAUAACACCAUGUCUUUAGAACCUCAAUUUAACGAAGGGCGUAUGAGAUUUCAGUAUAACGAAAUUUCACUGCUGCCGCAAACGAAUUCAGAGACAGUAAAUUGAAACUUACGCGGACGGCAGAUGGUCAAAUGAUUGAAUCACAAGCGGCUACUUGCAAACUCACCUCUCAUAUCGCGCGCGGCGCGACAAGAGCGACCGCCGUAGCCGCAUCAUGUUCCGUAUAAAGUGCAAGUGCGAUAAAAUCCUAUCAUGGCCCGCGCACUGUGUGCUUUAGGUGCGAGCGAAAGUGCGCGAGGGUGAGACAAGAAUGAUGGUGGCUUCACGAGUGCCGCCUUCCCGCGCGAGCAUAGGUAAAGAGGGGGAGGGGAGCGAGCUCGUGGUAACGCGUUCAAGCGCGCGCGAGGGGGGCGGAAUGGAGGGUAACUUUGCGUGCGUCUCGGCCGUGGCUGCGCAGGACUGUAAGCGCGGCUGAGCGCAUACGUAGCCUGCGUUAGAGAUAAUCUGCCGCGUGUGCCAAGAGUGGGCGUGCCGAGACGGCGUGGCAUCAUGUCAGCUGCAUGUAUUACCGCGAGUUUAUUAUUGGAGGUUGGGUAAUCUAGAGUUUCGGUGACCCGUUUGAGCGAGAGGCACACGAAGCAUUCGCUUCUCGCUGCCGGCACUUUUCCCGAUAGCAUCGACCCAGUGCGGGCGACGCUAUCAGCUGCGGGGGCGGAGUUCACGCGAAAGCGUGACUGGCUUCGCUUAAUUCGUAGUGCCGAGAAGAUAUCGUCGACGUACUUACAUGGCAUCAAAUCGUAUUUUUCGUCGCCUACUUCCAAAUUUAUCAAAAUUAUUUUUUUCAUUCAAAUGUGCCUUUUUCGAUUGCCCGACAAAUCGGAAAAUUAAAGGUGAAAUUAUGGGGUUUUACGUGCCAAAACCACUUUCUAAUUAUGAGGCACGCCGUAGUGGAGGACUCCGGAAAUUUUGACCACCUGGGGUUCUUUAACGUACACCUAAAUCUAAGUACACGGGUGUUUUCGCAUUUCGCCCCCACCGAAAUGCGGCCGCCGUGGCCGGGAUUCGAUCCGGCGACCUCGUGCUCAGCAGCCCAACCGAAAUCGGAAAAUUCUGUGGGCCCUUUCGGUGUAAAGAAACAUCGAUUGGCGACUGCACUUAUUUGCAUAAGAGGUCGAAUUUCAGUACAACGAAAUUUCUAUAUAACGAAGUAUAUUUCCUAUUUUAGCGACAUUGUUAUGUUGAGGUUCAACUGUAGUCUUAUUGUUGUAUCACUGAUUAAAUUCACGGAUCGAUGGAA